UACAGCAGGGCAGAGCGGCGCUGCAGCGUGGACUGGCAUUUCGCACUGGAGGAGUUUUUAAAGUUACCAAAACUCUACACGGAGGCGACUGCGUUCGUGUCUGCUGCAUGGAGGCUUUUUAACGGACUUUGAUGUGGAUUUCUGAUGGUAUUACGUCAUUGUUAAGCAAAGAAAAUCGACAGUUUUAGCUGGGAACUUGUGCAUGGCCGCUCGCUUAGCUCACGUUUAGCCGCUGGAAGCUACUUCGAGGCUAAAGCGAGCUACAGCGAGGUCCACAGCUGCUCCGUGCUCUGGGGAACUUUUAGAUGUGGUCAUAUCUUGAGAUUUUCUUUGUUUUUCUCUUGGAUAAAAGGACCAAAAGUUCACACUGGAUUUAACACAAGAGCGAGCACAGCAAAAGCAGCAUGUCCGCAGAGGUAGAGAGCAAUCCGGGCGAGUCUAGUUUGACAGCCGCGGUGAGCCCGAGUACUGGAGCGGAGCACGGCGACCAAAACAAGCCCGUACCCGCAAAGGAACUGGACAAGCCGGCUCCUAAAGGCACAGAGACCCCGCAGCAAGGAGACGAGGCCAAAACCCCCAAGAAAAGCUAUGAAAACGACAAGGAAAAUGAGCAAAACGGAGCAGACACAACCGAAACUGUGAAGCGCAAAAUCGUUGAAGCUCCACCGCCUAAAGUGAAUCCAUGGACGAAGAGGACCACAGGACGCGUCCCUAUAAAUAAUAUCACCUCCAGCAGUCAAGAGAAAGAUCCACAGAACGCUCUCAAAGUGGUGCGAGCCGCCAAGCCUCGGACCAGGAAAUCCAGCAAGUCGGGGGAUUUCAGUGACAUCACAAAUUGGCCGACCCCCGGAGAGCUCGCCAAAGAGCAGAACGUUGUGAACAGCACCAGUAACGGGAAGAAGCCUCACCCGUCUCGUAGAGAGCGAGGAGAGAGGGAGAAGAGGAGAGAGAGACCAGACAGAAGGUCUGAGAGCAGCCAUGACGGAGGAGAGAGCAAAGAGAACCAGGAAGUACAGGCCGACACGGGAACCAAAGAGCCAGAGGACAAACCGGGGACGGAAAAGAGCAAUGCGCUAAAGAAGAGAGGAGGAAACAAACGUAAGUGGGUGUCUCUGCCGCUGGAGGAGGCAUCCUGGGACGAGGGCGCCAAGUCAGCUGAUGAGUCACAUGACCCCGCCUCGCCCAAUCGCACGCCACCACUGUCGUCGAGUAGUAACAGGCAGCAUGAUGGCAGCCGGAGUUGGAGGAGAGACCCUCGUGAUUUUGCAGACGAUUCGAGCGGGCGCAGUGAAAAUGGCGUCAGAGGAGGACUGCGAGGACGAGGCAAAGGCCGAGGGAGGGGCCGGGGCCGCGGCAGAGGUCGAUAUGAGUUCGGUUUCCAGGACUCUUCGGACGGUUCGAGUGUUCAAGUCCCCUCAGAGUUUGGGACUAAUAUGGUUUAUUACUAUGACGACGGAAACAAAGUCCAGAUGUACACAGUGGAUGAGAAACUGCUCAAGGAGUACAUCAAACGGCAGAUUGAGUACUACUUCAGUCUUCAUAAUCUGGAGAGAGACUUUUUCCUCAGGAGGAAAAUGGAUGCUCAGGGAUUUCUGCCCAUUUCUCUCAUCGCCAGCUUCCACCGAGUCCAGGCCCUGACCACAGACAUCAACCUCAUAAUGGAGGCGCUGAAGAGCAGCACAGAGGUAGAGUUGGUGGAGGAUAAGGUUCGCUGUAAAACAGAGCCGGAGCGUUGGCCCAUCGCAAUGCCAGUCGUGGGCUCCCCCAGAACGGACUUCACCCAACUCAUCCACUGCCCAGAGUUUGUGCCCAGGCAAAGCAUCACAGCCAACACAGCCUCAUCGCCUUCGACUGAGACACCCCUGGACUCUCCAAAGCCCAACCCGGCCUCGGAGGCCAACGGAGCGGAGCCGGAGGGGAAACCCGAAGAAGUCCCCAAACCCGACCCUGAGGCUUGGACCAAGGUCGAGAAACGCCACAGACACUACCCUGGAAAAAACAAGCCCGAUGAUGUCUGCCCUGUCUCCUCUUCUCCUCCUCCUCCCUCCCUUCAGUUUGACUGUGUCCUGUCUACAGAGCGUUCAGACCGGCCCUCUGACCCGCCUCUUCAGCCCGAACCAGAUCAAGAAGAGCUGGACUUUCUGUUUGAUGAGGAGAUGGAGCAGAUGGCACCGAGGAAAAAUCAGUUUACGGAUUGGUCCGACGAGGAUUCGGACUACGAGCUGGACGACACGGACGUGGACAAGCUCCUGAUAGUGACCCAAACGCCGCCAUACCUGCGCAAACAUCCGGGCGGGGAUCGAACAGGCAACCAUGAGUCCAGAGCCAAGAUCACUGCAGACCUGGCCAAAGCCAUCAAUGACGGCCUGUACUAUUAUGAGCAGGAUCUGUGGAAGGGAGAGGAGCAAAUCGAGACCACAAAGGAAUCUGAGAGUUUUAAGAAGUUGAAUGUGAUCAGUCAGGAUGAGUUUGACACACUGACGCCCAAACCACCUGUCGACCCCAACCAGGACGUCCUGCCCCUUCCUCAGCCAGUGGACAGUGGAGUGGACCUGUCUCGUUCAUUGCCUAAAACAGUCCCUGAGUCUCCGGGCACUCCCGCGUCCCGCGUCCCUCGAACGCCUCGCACACCGGGCCGGUGUGACCCCAACAAGACGCCCAGGUUUUACCCCGUCAUCAAGGAGGGCGGGACCAUUGAUGCGCAGACUCCUCGUAAGAAGAAAACUCGUCAUAGCUCAAACCCGCCACUGGAGGCGCACAUUGGCUGGGUCCUGGACUCCAGAGAGCACCGGCCGCGGUCCGCGUCUAUAAGCAGUUCGAAUGCCUCCCCCUCUGACGGCGCUCCGAUCUCAGGCUCAUACGGCUGCACGCCUCAGUCUUUCCCAAAGUUCUGGCACCCGUCCCACGAGCUGCUGCGGGACAACGGCUUCACCCAGCAGGGCUACCACAAGUACAGACGACGCUGCCUCAACGAGAGGAAGCGGCUGGGCGCAGGCCUCUCUCAAGAGAUGAACACACUGUUUCGGUUUUGGUCUUUUUUCCUCCGAGACAAUUUCAACAGAAAAAUGUACGAGGAGUUUAAACAGUACGCCCUGGAGGACGCCAAGGACAACUACAGGUACGGGUUGGAGUGCCUGUUCAGAUACUACAGCUACGGUUUGGAGCGAAGGUUCAGGCUCGAUCUGUUCAAAGACUUCCAGGAAGAAACACUCAGGGAUUUUGAGAAAGGUCAGCUGUACGGACUGGAGAAGUUUUGGGCGUUUUUGAAAUACUCCAGAAUUAAGAACCAGACGAUCGAUCCCAAACUGCAGGAGCAUCUGUCCAAGUUCAGAAACCUGGAGGACUUCAGGGUCAUGCCCCCAUUGGGAGAGGAAGGCGCGCGCAGGAGACGUACCUCAUCUUCGGCCGGAGACCAGACCAGACGAAGAAGACACAACUCUAACAGCAGCUCCAAACCAGCUCCAAAACCUUCUGCUACCAACAACCAACCAACCUCCAGCCCCACCCCCUCCGCUGCUGCCUCCUCCUCUACCCCAAAAGAGAGCCCUGUCCCGGGGAAAGAACCAGCCAAAGACCCCUCUUCAAAACCAACCUCCGCUCAGGCCAAGAAAACCGAUCCUACCAACGAUAAGAAGAAAGAUGGAAAGAAAUGAACCUAGUUAGCUCAGAUUUUUAAAGAGAAAUGAGAAUUGGUCCCUUGGUUUUUAGCUAGUGUGCUAAUGUGUGUAUCGUAAGGGAGGAAAACAGAAAGAACCAGCUAAACAUGUUUUGGGUAGAAUUGGACUAAAAACAAAACAAAAAAAUGGCUGCCAGAAUUUAGAAGAAAGACGCCAACUAGUGAACUUAACCAGCUCAAAUUUCAAGGAGAGAAAAAUCUAAAUUGGUCCUGUAAUUUUAAGCUAGGUUGAGAAUGUAUCGUAAAGAAGGCCGACAGAAAGAACCAGCUAAACAUGUCUUGGGUAGAAUUUGAUAAAACAAAAAAAUGCAAUCACUGACUUUAGAUUCUGUUUGUGAAAGUAGAGAUCAGGUCAACCAUCAGAAGCACAUGACCCUGAAAUAUGUAAAAGUUUGGGUCAAAAAUUACCUACCACCAAAAGGCAGGCAACAUAUGAAGUUAAGGUUAGAAAAAUUGAAAAUGGCUACCACUCAUUUUUUUGAUGGUUUGAGAAGGAUAAAAGAAUGUUCAAAUCUAGUACAGAUGGUAGAAAUGCUGCAAGAAAAGAUUAGUAUUUGCGAUUAAAUUGAGAAAAA